CUGUAAAGAUUAAGAAAUAUUUGGUGAAUUUCUCUUACAAUCUUGUGCGCAGAGCAAGCAAAGCAAUGGGUAGCUGCUUGUCAAUCUCCUUACCAUGCGAUGCCAUUGUUUCACGCUGCUGGGAUUCCGUUUUUGGAAGAGUACGGUAUGUACGUAAGCUCCAAGAAAACCUUCAAGCUCUCACAACUUCUUUACAAGAACUCAAGUCUUUAAAGAAUGAUGUGCAGAGAGAAGUUGAGCUUGCAGAGCGACAGCCGCGAUUAAGGCGGUUAGAGCGGGUAAAUAACUGGAUCUUAAGCGCGGAGGCUCUUGAGACUGAAAUAAACGAAGUUAUUGUAAGCCAUAGCACUCAAGAAAUUGAGAAAUUAUGCUGCGGAGGUUACUGCUCCAAGAACUACAGAUCCAGCUACAAGUAUGGAAAAAAAGUUGAUAGAAAGUUGGUGGAAGUGGAGGAUUUGAAAAGCAAGGGAGUUUUUGAAGUGGUGGCAGCAGAAAGCUUACCUACAGCUCUAGUCGAUGUGAUACCUAGUGAGCCAACAGUGGGCAUGGAGCCGAUUUUUGAUCAGGUUUGGAGACACGUUGAAGAUGAACAAGUGGGAAUGAUUGGCUUAC